AAAGAAAACAGUGGAACUGUCGGAAGACAUCAACUUCUUUUUAUUGACUGUGUGAAGCCACUAGAUCACAACCGUUCUCCACAUCAUCAUGGGAGUCAUGACUGUGUCUGUUUUCUGCAUCCUCCUCACCUUCUUGGUGACUGAGAGUUUUGCAGUUCCAGGCCAGAAGUGUAAAUAUGGGUUUUCUCAACCAAACCCCUCCUGGAAGUCUUGCUACCUUUUGGACCAAAAGUUAAGAUCAUGGUCUGAUGCAAAGGAGCUAUGCCUUGAAAAAGGUGGAACCCUAGCUUCUAUCAAAAACAAUGAACAGUUACAAUAUGCAUAUGAGAUGAUUUCAGACGGAUAUUUCUGGGUUGACGGGAACUAUGUGUCUGGAUUUCCCCAGAAAAACUGGUUGCCGGGUUCGAAGCCAGGUGGGACACAUGCUGACUGCUUGACAUUGGUGAAAUUCCCUGCGGCAAGAGGCUUUAGUGAUAUUGCUUGUUCCGAAAAAAUUGACACUGCCUACGCUCUCUGUGAGUCCGUUGUUAAGUACUGAAGUGUCCACUCAGAGAAUACAAAGGGAUGUUCUUUUUGUACUAUUGCACACACUAUUUAGACUUUACUUUAAGUGAAAGACACAGAGAAAAUAUAACGUAUAUUAUGGCUACCUAGAGCAUACCUACAUUGAUUCAGGUGUGACCUUUUAUUAAAUAGUUUCUUAUUUUGUAAUGGAAUUGUAAUAGUGUUAUGGAAGCUUUUCUAA